AUGCUUGAGGUGACACCCCUGAUUGUCUCGGUGGUCCUACUGGCCGUGUUCUACAUCGGAGCUGCCACGGUGAUCGACUACCAAAAGUGGGUAGUCGACCGCGACUGGAAUUACAACGGCUGGGAUGGUAUUCUUGAAGGUGCGUCCUUCACACUGUGGUUUUACCUGGGUAUUGAAGAGCUUCCUCUGGCUAUCGACGAGACCAUCGAGCCUACAAAAAACAUGCCGCGUGGUCUCAUCGCCUCGAUUAUUUCGCUCAUUGUGAUUUCGUUCUGCACCGUCAUCUUCAGCUCCAUGAUCGACCCUGGAGCUGAUGAAAUGUACGUCAACACUUCGCCGCUCCUUACUGGAUACCAGACCAUCUUCGGAGACAACAGCACCACCUCCGGCUGCUCCUGGCUUCUCCUCAUUGGUUUAAUCUCGAGUUUCCACUCGUUCGUCUUCUGUAUGAGAAAACUGCUGUACGCUAUCGCCUGCGACGGAUAUCUACCGCAAAUGCUGACGAAGCUGCACCCGACGCGCGGAACGACUCAUGUUGCAUUGAUUACGGGAAGUAUCAUUGCCCUGGUGCUGGCGAUUGUGCUACACUACGCUAUCGGCGACGCGAAGCUUGGAUCGGUGAUGAUCAACCUCUCGCUUAUCGGAGCCAUCGUGUCGUACAUGUUCCAACUUACAGCCUUCAUCAUGUUACGCAUCUGGGAACCGGAGCGCCCACGUCCGUACAGAAGCCCGUUCGGCAUUCCCGGUGCUGUGAUUUGCAUCAUCCUCAGUAUCUUCUCGCUGGUUUCGAUCAUCUACAGCGGUACGUCCAGCUACGUAUUGCUGGCAUCUGUGCUUGUUGCCAUCGAAUACUUUGCUGUGGGAGCUCUAUAUUUUAUGUACCGCGUGAAGCCGCGUUUGGAGGCAGGCAACGGGCCGGUGUCCGCUAAGGAAUUUCGGGAAAACCUCAUGAGCUCGCGUGUGUCCAAUAAGGUGUAA